ACGGCGGAGCGGGUGGUCGCGGCGGUUCUGUGGCUCCCUCCCUUUAUAUCGUCCGCGGCUAUGAGCUGCCGCCUCCCUCCGCAACUCCCGGCCACCCGGAGAGCCGAGCCGGCCUACAGAGAACAAAGAAGACAAAAGGUUGAAGAGUACUUGUUAAGAAAAAAGGCCAUUUCUGGAUUGCUCAUACAGGAGAAGCGGACAAAUAUCAGCAAUAACAGAACUGGGAAAGCAGCUAGUGAUAAACCAGAAGACAAAAUAAAGGUCUUAAAAUCUGCUAAGCAGAAAAUGGAAGAUAAAGAAAAUGCUAAUAGACCUCCAUGGACUCAGUCAAACAACACUCUGAAAAAAACCACUGCCUCUUCAAAGGAUGAAACCUUGAAAACUACUACCAUAUUGACAAACUCAACUGUAGGAACAAAUUGCAGUCCUGAAGAUUUUAGUUCAGCUAUUAACACUUCCAAAGAUGAAGCUGUUGAAACAAAAACUUAUCAUGUGUCAUUUAGCCAGUCCUUCCUGCACAAAAGAAACAUCAAAGAGAAGCAACUGAUUGCAGACAAGCAGAACUCUGAUGCCAGCCUGCCAAAGAAACAUGUGCCUGGCUCAUAUUGUGGCAAGGUUAUCCCAUCGAAGAUAAACUCCUUCCGAAAAACACUAGAAAAUGAGGAUGCAAAGAGUUCUUUGGCAAACAAGAAACCUAUAGCUCCUGCCACCAAACCAGCAGUGAGACCAUCAUCCACCAGCAGCAAUAAUGCAGUCAUAAAUAAUAUUAGAGCCACAAAUUUGGCUAGUGCUGCUAAACCUGUACAUGCCACCCCCUUUCAGAAGAGACCACCUGUGAGGGCUUCUCAUAGCACCCACUCAAAGUCCAUCCAGAACAAGGAGAAACAAAUAGUCACAAGUGUGUCUGUAAAUAAUAUGACUGUCCAAAAAAAGCCUGAUAAAAGUGGGCCACCAUCAUUAAAGACAGCUCUUCACAAUGCUAAGCCCCCUUCUGUGCCUGGGGCAAAGAGAACUGAGGUUCCACUGAGAGAUGUCAGAUUAGGAACUUCAGCAAAGUCUGUUUCUGUAACCUGUGGUACCAAGGCCACCCAGGAUUCAAAAGCUGGCAACAGAAAAUAUGUUCUGCCAAAAGAAUCAACAGAAGAGAGAAGAAUUCGUCUGGCUGAAUGGAAGGCAGCCAAAGGAAACGUGAUAAAGAGGCCAUCAUCUACUGUGCUACAAGUAGCCCAGUCUGAGACACAGACAUCACAAGAAACUCCAAAAGAACCAGUUGAGUCUUUCUGGGCUGCCAUAGUAGAAGAGGAUGAGCAAGGAUUAUUCAGUGAAAAUGUCAACAAAACUCUUGUGGAAUGUCUACAUUUAACAGAACAGGGUUUUCCUGGGGAUGAAGUACGUGCAAUGCUGGAAAAGCUGAUUCAGAGUGUUCCAGAUGCGAAAAAACUUGCAAAAUACUGGGUGUGUCGCAUGCGUCUUGAACAGCUGGGCCCAAUUGAAAAGAUCAUUGCUGUUUAUGAGGAGGCUAUUCUGGCAGGAGCACAGCCUAAGGAUGAGUUACGACACACAGUAGCAGAUAUUAUGAAGAAUACUGAAAAUCUUCCAAAGUCAGUUGUUGAGGAAUGUGUGAAAGAAGAGGUUAUCAGCAAAGAAGCUAACUCUUCGGUAGAGAAUGUAGAGGAAGUCUUCAAAGAGCUCAACUUGAAUGAUGAAGAGAAGGCAGAGACUAGCAGUGAAGUGAUCAAGAAAGAGGAAACAGAUUCAUCCUUGAAGUCAAGACAAGAGACCUUACCUAAAGAAAGUAAAAAGCACAGAACAAAGUACAAAGAACAAACUAAGAAGUCUGAAAACUACAAAACUGAAGAUAUAAUAAAAGAUGCAAACUUAGAAUUUAAGACUCCUGAAAAAGAAAAGGAGGGGUCUUAUUUAAUUAAAUACAAUUUGUCAACCACUCCAUACUUAGAAAGUGUGAAGAAGAAGAUGCAGUGUGAGGCAAAUGACUCUGCUGUUAAAGAUAUAAAAUUCUUAACCCCUGUGAGGCGUUCUCGUCGCCUUCAGGAGAAGUUGUGCAAGUUACCAGAUAUGUUAAAGGAUCAUGAUCCCUGUGUUUCUUCGCUUGAACAGCUGGGAGAACUAGGAGCUGUAAACAAUGCCUUUAUCUACAGACAGAACAGUGCACUACAAGAACCCAUUACUCAUCUGGAAGAGUAAGAAGAGUAGUAACUUUAGUGGAGAAGAUUUACAAAUCCUCUUAGAUAAGUUUGAUUCAUUCCUGGUUUUGCAAUUGG